AUGGGACCUAUGACAAUUAUUACUCAAAUAGAAGAUACAUCGGAUGUAGUUCCAACACACGUCACUCUUAUGACGUUUGAUAGUAUUAUAUCAUUAAAUAAUGAUGCGAUAGUUGACACUAUUGGAGUAAUAAUUCGCAUAGAAGACAUAGUAGACAUUGUAAAGCCAACCAAAACACUGAAACUACGAGAUGUUGUAAUAGCAGAUAGGUAA